UUACAGGCGAGGGGUUGGGCCUCUCCAGGCAGGAACUGGAGUCAGACGCUUCCCUGCUACUUGCUGGGAGAGAAGAACAUUAGGAAUGCCUUUCAGUGCCUGCGUUCCUGACCUGUCCCUUAGAAGCCUGGCAGCUCGGGGAAAUCCAGCCACAGCUCACCCUCAACCUUGCAGGAAUCCUGAUGCAGGCCAAAUACUACAGCACGAACAACAUGCUGGAUGAGGAAUGGGGCACCACCUUGAGCCUGCAUUCUCAAGCCUCUACUCCAGCCCAGCGCCCGAAGCAUGGGCACACAGAGCAGCCACCUCCCUCUUCAGCAUGGCGUCCAGUGGCCUUGAUCCUGAUCAUUUUGUGCCUGGUGCUGCUGAUUGGCCUGGCAAUACUGGGGUUUGUGUUUUUUCAGUUCUACCAGUUCUCCAAUACUCAGAAAGACAGCAUUAAUAAACUGGAAGAAAGAUCGGGGAAUCUCUCCCAACACCUGCAAUCUCUCCAAGCCCAGAACAGGAAGCUCGUAGAAACUCUGCAGCAGGUGGUUGAAAAAUACUGUCGUGAGCUUUAUAACAAAACUGGAGAACAUAGAUGUAGCCCUUGCCCAGAAAAUUGGAAAUGGCAUGGGGACAAAUGCUACCAGUUCUAUAAAAAGAGCAAGAGUUGGCAGGACUGUGACUCUUUCUGUAUUGCUGAAAACUCAACCAUGCUGAAGAUAAACACACAAGAAGUGCUGCAGUUUGCCAUGCCUCAGAGCUACUCUGAGUUUUUCUACUCUUACUGGAUAGGGCUGUCCCGCAACGGCAGUGACAAGCCCUGGCUGUGGGUGGAUGGAGCACCUUACACUUCUGAACUGUUUAAGAUUAAAACAGAUUUCACCAGUCCAGGAGACGGGGACUGUGUGACCAUUCUCAGUGGAAUGUUUUUCUCAAAGAACUGCGAAGAGUUGAGGCGGUGUGCGUGUGAAACAGUGGCGACCCCAGUCAAGUUAGAGAGACUCCCUUUGCGUCUGUGAAUCAUUCGUUACAUGUAGGUGAUUGACUCUCCACCUAUGACUACAACUGUGUGCUCCCUCCCUUCAGAGAAAUUGAAGAUCAGACAAAAGUCAUUCUCUUUAUGUGCACUUGUAAUGGUUUGGUUUCAAACUAUCCUCUUUCAUUUGAUCCAUGUUUAUGUAACAAUUCAACAAAAAGGCUUGAGCCACACAAAGUCAAUGCAGAGGAUAUCUGAGACAUAGGGAAAUGGAGAAAAAUCUGGAAAGGCAAUUGCUCUAACCGGCAUAAGAAGGAUUUUCAUAUUUCCUGCUCAAGAUCACCAGUACUUCUGAGCUUGGAAGUUUAUGCACAUAUUCACCAGUCACAAAGAAGUCCUGAUUACGUAUCACCAACUGGCCCCUGAAAUCCAUGAGGUUGUUGGAAUCCACCUUCUUGAUUUUGAGAUAACUUUCUAGUGUUGUUCUCUCUCAGCAUCUAAUACCAUUUUUUGUUCCUAUGUCGUCCUUUAUACUUGGAGUGAGAAAGUUAAACAGAGAAACUAAAUGUAUGUAAGAUCCUUUGCUCCAACAGCCAAUUAGUCCAGGGGAAAUUAGGAAUCAUUUCUUACACUGAGCUAACAAAUACAAAGCUAAUUCAUUUGGUUUGCUUAAGUUCAUAUUUUUUUUCCAUCUCAGUUUCUCGAUAGAGCCCCCAACUUCUCUGGCUAAUUCUCUUUAUUAGAAUCUUAACUUAUUACAAACAUAUCUCUCCAUGUCUAUUUAAGAUUCCAAUGAUUGUCUCCUAAGAAUUUCUUCUAGGAUAGAAAUAGCCUCAACUUGGUUCCAUAUCAGAAUUACUAUCCCUGAUGCUCCUUUCAGAGAGAUUGACAACCAGAACAAAAGUCAGUCUGUUUAUGUGCAUCUGGAAUAGUUUAGUUUCAGUUCCUAUUUUCUUCCAUUUGAUCCAUGUUUAUACCUUUCAGGUACUGGAGAUUUAAUAAUAAUAAACAAUGUGAAGUGUG